CAGGGCAUUACGGGAGGGUAACGUACGGGAGGUUAGUACUCGCGCUGUAUGCUGGGACAUCCAGUUCUGUUACUGUAGUUACUGACACUGUAGUAGGGAGGAGGAGGAGGUGAGCAGCUUCCUGGCAGGCGGGCUUUAUGAUCAUGACACAACUUUUUAUUAAGUCUGUGUUGUUCCGACCUAUAUAUCCAUGGUUAUCAGUAUGCAUGUGGAAGUCACAAGAGGUGUACAGACCCACCUAUAAUGCGUGUGAUGUUGCGAAUCUGUUGUUUGCAAACAAGAACCCACAGAUUCAAAGCAAGCACAGGUUCUGUUCAUCUGCCCCGUCUAACACAAUGCCUGGAGACAAUAGGAACUUUACUUUGAUCUACAAGUUUCCUGGAAUACGGUACUGUAGGGCAGUUUCCAGACUCAAGCUUCUGCAGACAACCUUGACUGUAUUGCUUCUUCCACCUAUUUAUUAUUACUAUUUGCAAGGACAACUCUCACAGUUUUCUGUUAUUUACGUCACUGGAACUGCUGUUUUUGCUGGCUUCAUGCUGUACAGCCUUAGUUACUACCUUCGGAGAGUUAUUGGGAUGAUUUAUGUGGACGAUGACCUUUCAACCUUGAAGGUUUCCCAUUUAACAUUUUGGGGACGCAGAAAAAAUAUUUUUGUUCCACUUGAAGAUGUUAAAAAGCUAUCAGAAACUGGAGACGGAAGGCGAGAAGUUCUCCUUAAAUUUGGGAGAUACAGCAGCUCAGAUAUACUCUACUUCACAGUUCGCCUCGGUCAGAUUUUGGAUAGAGAAAAAUUCACUGUAGUAUUCGGAGAACUAAAAUAAGUGGCUGCUAAAGUUUUCUUAACACCUUUGUUUGAAACUUGUAGUUUAUUUUUAGACUGUGGCAUGAGCUAGAUAAACUGGCAUCUUUUAUACAAACAACAAUAUAUGUUCUAUAAAUAAAUAAAUCUUGGGUUUUUUUAAAAUAUUGCUGUCAACACAAAUUCAGUUUUAGGUUCAUGUUAAUUUCUUUACCAUUUGCUCCAUGUCAGUAGUUUUAUCUAUAUUAAACUAAUAUAGGGGGUUAUUCUGACCUGAUCGCUCGCUGCAGUUUAUUGCAGCGAUCAGGUCAGAACUGCGCAUGCGCCUAGCAAUCGCCUCUGCCCGAUUGACAGGCAGAGGUGGUCACUGGACAGGAGGGGGCAGCACGACGGCAUUUGACCGCCCGUUCUGUGGGCACGGUGCGGCCAAUGCAGGUGUGGCCGGACCGUACGGGGGAGGGCCCUCGCGGCUGCAUGACGUCACACGCAGCCGCUGCGACCCAGAGCAGCGA